AUGCCAACUCAAACAGAAUCGGGAUUUCCUCUUACAGAAGAAGCAGGCUCCACAGUACAUGAUGGUGACAUGGAAAGCAUUGAGCGCGGCUUCAGAGAAGUAUAUGCUGUCAGGCAAGGUCUUCACCAGCGGCACAUUCAGAUGAUUGCUUUAGCUGGCACAAUUGGCACAGGUCUAUUCCUUGGCUCUUCCCAAGCAAUUGCAACGGCAGGCCCCUUAGGUGCCUUCCUGGGAUAUACUAUUGUUGGCCUUGCUGUGUCUGGUGUCGUCCUUGUCGUUGGGGAGAUGGGUGCUCUAGUACCUCUCAGUGGAGGCCUCAUCCGUUAUGCAGAAUACUUCUUCGACCCUGCGAUGUCCUUUGCCAACGGAUGGAAUCAAGUAUACUUAUACUUGGUGGCUAUUCCUGCUGAGAUCGUGGCAGCCUCGGUCUUGAUUGAAUUUUGGAUUACCGUUAACAACGCAAUAUGGAUUACUGUCUUCAGCAUACUGGUGCUCGUUACUGCGCUAGUAUUCGUCAGAUUCUACGGAGAGCUCGAGUUUGUAUUCGCGACCCUGAAGAUUUUGCUGAUCAUUGGGGUAAACCUUAUGGCGCUUGUGAUUACAUGUGGUGGAGGACCAAGUGGUGAAUCUAUCGGCUUUAGAUACUGGAGAAAACCAGGGCCUUUUGUUCAGUAUCUGGAUAUCAAAGGUUCCUUGGGCCGGUUUCUUGGUUUCUGGUCAAGUCUGAAUAAUGGCGUCUAUGCAUACGCAGGAAUCCAGAAUAUCACUAUUCCUGGAGCUGAGACGAGAUCCCCAAGGCACGCAAUACCAAGAGCAACCAAGCGCAUCUUGUUCCGCAUCCUCCUCUUCUAUGUUCUGUCAAUCUUCAUGGUUGGUUUAGUUGUUCCUUCUGAUGAUCCCAGACUCCUUUAUUUGUCUGGCACAGCUUCUCAAUCCCCGUUUGUUAUUGCCGCUCGCCGUGCAGGAAUCGGGUCAGCACCCUCAGUCAUUAAUGCUGUUAUCCUUACUUCAGCUUGGUCUGCUGGCAAUUCAAAUAUCCUUUUUGGGUCUCGGAUCCUUUUUGGCAUGGCAGUCCAUGGACAUGCUCCUGCGGUUUUCAAAAGAUUAAACCGGUUCAGCGUCCCUUAUGUGGCUAUUAGCCUCCUCGGGAUCUUUAUGUGCUUGGGGUAUAUGUCACUCUCUAACUCAGCAAGCAUGGUCUUUGGAUGGUUGCGCGAUAUUGUGGCGAUUUCCACCUUGGUCGACUGGGGAAUCACCUGCACCGUAUACCUUCGAUUCUACUACGGCUGCAAGAAACAAGGGAUCGAUCGCUACAGAGAGCUUCCAUUCGCGGCCCCUUUUCAACCCUACUUCACGUGGGCUUCGCUUACGUUCUUCAUCCUUUUACUCUUCACUGGUGGUUUCAGCACAUUUAUCCACGGCCACUGGGAUACUCAAACUUUUAUCUCCGCAUACAUCAAUAUUCCAAUAGUCCUGGCUCUGUAUCUCGGCUACAAAUUGUGGAAGAGAACGCGAAUCAUCCCCUUGGAGAAUAUCCCAGUUGUCGGUCUGAUCCAGUUCUACCUCUGUCAGGAGGAUCUCGAGCCAGAAACACCGCCUAAAAAGGGACUCGCUAAACUCAACAUUCUUUGGUCAUAG